AAUAUUAGAAAAUUAAAUUCAUAAAAUCUUGUGGUAGUGCAAAUCAGCAGAGUACCAACGGAAUAAAGCAAAAAAGGAUGAUAUUUUCCUGAAUGAGUAACAAUUAGAAGCAUAAAACAAAUAGGAAGCUUCUAUAUAAGCAAAAAAGUGAACAUACAUAUACACAAGAAAUUUGUGGAUACCAGUGUUUUCUAUGAAAAUAGAUCUGGCUGCUAUUCUGUAUCUUUAGUUUAUGGUAAUCGAGUAAAGGAUUUCAGAAAUAACCUAUUAAUUACAGCACAGAGCUGCCUAAAACCUUAACAAAGUGUCGAACAGUGAAAAGAACAAAUCCAAAAUAAAAUCAAAAGUCUAUGAACCCAAGUUGAUGCUAAGGGCCAUUUUAGGGUCGGAUACGACCAACGACUCGCAGGAGGAACAGUCCCAGACUGCUUCCUCCUCCCACAGUAGCCGUCAUUACAGUGGCGGUUCGAGCUGCCGCUCAAUAUCUUCAAGUGCGGUCUUGAGUGGUUACACCCCAUCUGCAUCAAUAUCCAAUAACGAUUACGGUACACCAGCAACCGUAGCACCAUCCACUGGUCCCACACAGUGUGUAGCAUGCGAAGCUGAUAAACAACACCAAUUACAACAGGCUCAUCAUUCACAUCAUUCGUCGGAGGGAGAGCGUAAAAGUCGCCGCAGCAGAAUGUCACACUCUAGUUCAAGUUCAAUGCGAGGCACCUCAUCGCGUGGCUGUACAUCGCACAAUUCCAAGUCUGUGUCUCCGGGUAGUUACAGUUGUAAUGCUUUAAAUGUUGAUUUCAGCACAUACACAGCCACCCAUCAGUGGUCCAAAAUGUUGGAGUGUGCCGAAUUUGUGGGUGCCAAGCGAUCGAAGCACACCGUUGUGGCCUACAAAGAUGCCAUGUAUGUCUUUGGCGGUGACAACGGCAAAACCAUGCUCAAUGAUUUGAUACGAUUUGGUGUUAAGGAUAAGUCAUGGGGACGGGCUUGUGCCACAGGUACACCACCCGCUCCACGUUAUCAUCAUUCGGCUGUCGUCUAUGGCAACUCAAUGUUCAUAUUUGGUGGUUAUACUGGCGAUAUUCACAGCAAUUCAAAUCUCACAAAUAAAAAUGAUCUCUUUGAAUAUGAAUUUCAACGCGCCAUGUGGGUUGAAUGGAAAUUUUCGGGAAAAAUGCCUGUACCACGUUCGGCUCAUGGUGCUGCAGUGUAUGAUGAUAAAAUGUGGAUAUAUGCCGGAUAUGAUGGUAAUGCACGUUUAAAUGAUAUGUGGACUUUAAAUUUAACCGGAGAGAACCAUCAAUGGGAAGAAGUUGAACAAAAAGGAGACUGCCCACCUACAUGCUGCAAUUUUCCCGUGGCCGUAGCCCGUGACUGCAUGUAUGUCUUUUCCGGGCAAAGUGGCAUGCAGAUCACAAAUUCCCUGUUCGAAUUUAAUUUCAAAACGUUAACUUGGCGUCGUAUUGGCAACGAAAGUGUUUUGCGUGGUGUUAGCUCUCAGCCUCCAUCAAGACGUUAUGGUCAUACAAUGGUUCAUCACGAUCGUUUUCUCUAUGUAUUUGGCGGCUCCGCUGACUCCACAUUACCAAAUGAUUUGCAUUACUACGAUUUAGAUACUCAAGUGUGGUCCAUUAUUCAACCAGAACCAAAUUCUGAUAUACCUUCGGGUCGAGUAUUCCACGCUAGUGCCGUAAUAAGCGAUGCCAUGUAUAUUUUUGGUGGCACUGUCGAUAAUAGUGUACGACGUGGCGAUACUUAUCGUUUUCAAUUCUCCAGUUAUCCCAAAUGCACGCUGCGCGAUGAUUAUGGGAAAUUUUUCAACGAAAAACAAUUUUGUGAUAUUCAGUUUAUACUAGGACCAGAAGAGGUGAAGAUUAUGGCUCACAUAGCAUUUGUAGCAGCCAGAUCUAAAUAUUUGAGAACAAAGAUAUUGGCAGCCCGCGAUGCUAGGCAACAGCAAAUGGAAAAAGUCUUUGGUACAGGUUGCAUAGAGGUACGGCCAUGCUCGUCCUCGUCUAAUCAAGGACCACUCUUGGAAGUACGUUUGCCCAAUGCCAAUCCAGAGGCAUUUGAAAUUAUAUUAAAUUACAUUUACACGGAUCGUAUAGAUCUCAAGGAGUCGUAUAACAAAAAUAUUAUUAUACUCAUAACGGAUAUCUACCAACUGGCUGGAUUAUUUCUAAUGCCGCGUUUAGCUCAUGGCUGUAUACAGUAUUUGGAUUAUAAGAUAAAUAAACAAAAUGUUCUGGAGGCCCUGUACAAUGCGGACAAGAAGAAAAUACAAAUAGUCAAGGAUCAUUGCAUGCAGUUUCUGGUCAAGGAAGAAAACUUUACCGAUGUUGUUAUGUCCAAUGAAUUUAGUGAUUUGGACAAGCCUUUGCUGGUGGAAAUUAUACGCAAAAAAUUAAGUCCAGGCAAACUAGUUGUGGCCGAUUCUAAUUUAGAUAAGAACGUGGGUACCACAUUGGAAAGUGAUAUGGCCGUAUUUUUGGAAUCAACUGGCAAAGAAUUUUGCGAUAUUAAUCUGGUAUUAGAUGGUCAGGUAAUAAUGGCCCACAAAUCUAUACUUUCGGCUAGGACACAAUAUUUCCAGGCAAUGUUUAGGUCUUUUAUGCCACCAGAUAGUACAGUUAAUAUUUCUAUUGGUGACAUAUUACCAUCGGUCGAAGCGUUCCAAUCCCUAUUACGUUACAUAUAUUAUGGCGAAACAAAAUUACCACCCCAAGAUGCACUCUAUCUAUUCCAAGCACCACAUUUUUAUGGUUUAUCCAAUAAUCGUUUACAUUCGUUUUGCAAAUAUUCCCUUGAACACAAUAUAACCUAUGAGAAUGUCCUCCAAACCUUGGAGGCAUCAGAUUACACGAAAAUUUUCGAUAUUAAAGAGCAUGCUCUCAAAUUGAUUGUUAAGGAUUUUGCCCGGGUGGCGCGGCUACCGAAAAUCGCAUGUCUCUCGCGUGAACUACUGUUGGAAAUCAUACGAGCGGUGGCCGACUCACAUGCCUGCUUUGCGUUUUCUAUUGGCCUGGCUGCAAAGAGCGGGCAACAGCAACCACAAAUCUGCAUGACACCGUAAAAAUUGCAGUAGCAGUAGUGCAACAAGGAAAAAUAGUAAUGUAGAAAAAAAAUAUUUUCUUGAAUGUUGUUGUUUUAACUUCAUUGCCCAACAACAAGGAAGAACAAUUUAUGUGUAUUUUUUUUAUUCAUUUAUAUGUCUGUUUGUUUCUUCAUUUUCAAUAUUGUGGUUUGGUAUACUGCUGGUCCUAGUAUAUUACUAUCCCAAAAAUUGUUCCUUCCAAACUUUCCCU